GCCAAUGCAGGGGACAUGGGUUCGAGCCCUGGCCUGGGAAGAUCCCACAUACCGCAGAGCAAUGAAGCCCAUGCACCACAACUACUGAGCCCGCAUUCCACAACUACUGAAGCCCACACGCUUAGAGCCCGUGCUCCGCAACAAGAGACGCCACUUCAGUGAGAAGCCCUUGCACCUCAACGAAGAGUAGCCCCUGCUCACCACAACUAGAGAAAGCCCACACAGCAACAAAGACCCAACACAGCCAAAAAUAAAUAAAUUAAUUAUUUAAAAACGAAUUCCUUGGUGAGCAACUGAGUAAACGACGAUGCCAUCUACUGAGAUGCGGAAAACUGGGAACAAUGAGAUUGCGGGGGGGGUGGGUUUCUGGGAAAUAAGUGCUCUGUUUGGUCAUGUCCAGUCUGAGACUCGUUAGAUGUCCAGGUGGGAUACGUGAGCAGGGAAGGGAAGGGGGCCGUGUUCCCAUGCCUCCCCCACCCCUUCCCUGCCCAUCUGUCCCUUCGUAACUCGGCACUCAAAGACCUCACGGCUGUGUUCCUCCCAAACACUCGUUUAAUCUAAUGUUCACGGUCUUGUUUCUCUCCAGCCUCAGAAGGGUUGUUGGUCCUCUUCUCUUUGUUGCAGAGUUUCUGUUCCAGAACUGCAGUUACCAGCUUGGAAAAAUACAGUGUUGUGUCUAAAGCAAGACCUUUCUGAAGAAGUGGAGUUACAAGGAAAUUCAUAAGGCUGGAGAAUUUUGCUGCUGGUCGUUCUCCUUGGCCUUUGCCGGCUUCCAGUGGUCCUUCCUCUCUCCCGGGGACGAGAAGGAUGGAAAAGCCCACAGGCAAAAAGAAGAAGGCACAGACCCCAGAGGAAGAGGUAUGUGUGCAGAAGGACACUCCCAAGGAAGAUAAAGCAUCUAGGAAAAAGAAGCCAAACCAGAGAUCUCCUUUGGCCAAAAAGCACAGUAAGGAACCCAGCCUGAGUCGUGAGGACGAGGAACACAUGUUUGAGGCCUUCAGUGCUUCCUUUAAAGAUGACUUUGAGGAAGUCCCUGUGUUCACUCCCUUCCAGAGGAAGAAGCUCUACGAAUGCAGCGAAUGUGGGCGCGUCUUUAAGCACAAGACAGAUCACGUUCGCCACCAGAGAGUCCACACUGGAGAGAAGCCCUUCCAGUGUGCCCAGUGUGGGAAGACAUUCAGGCACAGCUCUGACGUGACCAAGCACCGGAGGAUUCACACUGGAGAAAAGCCCUUUAAAUGCAGUGAGUGUGGCAAAGCCUUUAACUGCGGUUCGAAUCUCCUAAAACAUCAGAAAACCCACAGCGGAGAGAAGCCGUACGAAUGUAAGGAAUGUGGAAAAACCUUUGCCUACAGCUCAUGUCUUAUUCGCCAUCGGAAAUGUCACCCACGGAAGACGCAUUAUCCUGUGCUCUUGGGGAAGCUGGCGGUGCGGGCCACAGAGCAGGUGGGGCUGAUGGGCUUCAGCCCAGACUGCAGCCACCUGUCAGCGAAGCCAGGAGCCGGAGGUCCUCCCCUUGACCGGAGGCCCUGCAGGAUCCAGGCCCGGCCACAGGGCGAGGCUGGUGCUGCGGACUCCAUGGACGCGGGCUUCCGAGGCCUGAGGCCAGCCGUCCCUCGGCGUGAGCUCCCGGCGCCCCGGCCCAGUGCCCGCAGCGAUCUUGGCACUGGGCGGCGGCCGCGACACGUGUUGCUCACGGCGCACAAGACAAAUCGAGACGAAGCGCGGACGCCCCCAGACGAGGUUCGCAGCCCGGGCAGCUUGAGCGUCCCGGAAGUGCGCGCGGCCGGGUGGGAGGGGCGCGGGAGCACUUCCGGCCGCCGGCGGACGGACGGGCGGGCGGCCACCUCCCGUUCGGAAGGUGUGCACUCCUCCAGCAGGCCUUGGGGGAAGAUGGCGGCCCUGGGGGACGGUCAGGAGCCCCCUCAUGUCCUGUCCACUGUCACUUUCGAGUCACCGAAGACACCUGGAGCCUACCACCACCACGAGGCCCAGCUUCACCUCCACGGCCAUCAACAUGGCUUCCCCGGCUGCAGCCCUGAGGUGCUCUCCCAGCCACCACAGGAGGAGGAUCUCCGGGUCGUGGAGGAGGUCCCGACUGACAGAGACACCUGCUGGCCAGAUCCCGAGUUGGAGCGCGAGCAGGCCCCGUCGUCUCCCCAGCCGCACAGUCCUGAAGACGAGGCGGACCAGGACCCGGGGAUGCUCAGGACCCUUCUGAGGAGCCUUCCCCGUAGACCCACGUGUGCGGACAGCUUUGAGCAGGAGUGCAGCCCGGAGCGGCCGGCGGGCCAGCCGCCAGGGGCCGGGCCCCGCCCCCAGAAGAGAGGCACCUGGCGUGGGCCGCUCGGGCUGCAGGGAGCCUCAGGGACAGAGGGCGGCCCGGGGCGCGCCGCCGAGCUGGCGGGCAGCCUCGGCCGGGGCUCGGGCGUCGGGGCCCGGCAGGGUGGCCCGCGGGGCGGGAAGCCGCACAGGUGUGAGGCCUGCGGCAAGAGCUUCCAGUACAAUUCGCUGCUGCUGAAGCACCAGCGCAUCCACACGGGCGAGAAGCCCUACGCCUGCCACGAGUGCGGCAAGCGCUUCCGCGGCUGGUCGGGCUUCAUCCAGCACCACCGCAUCCACACGGGCGAGAAGCCCUACGAGUGCGGCCAGUGCGGCCGCGCCUUCAGCCACAGCUCGCACUUCACGCAGCACCUGCGCAUCCACAACGGCGAGAAGCCGUACGAGUGCGGCGAGUGCGGCCAGGCCUUCAGCCAGAGCUCCAACCUGGUGCGGCACCAGCGGCUGCACACGGGCGAGAAGCCGUACGCCUGCAGCCAGUGCGGCAAGGCCUUCAUCUGGAGCUCGGUGCUCAUCGAGCACCAGCGCAUCCACACGGGCGAGAAGCCCUACGAGUGCCCCGACUGCGGCAAGGCCUUCCGCGGCCGCUCGCACUUCUUCCGGCACCUGCGGACCCACACGGGCGAGAAGCCCUUCGCCUGCGGCGCCUGCGGCAAAGCCUUCGGCCAGAGCUCGCAGCUCAUCCAGCACCAGAGGAGCAUUCAUUCUGGGGAGAAACCCUACGAGUGCAGCGACUGUGGGAAGGCCUUCAUCCACAGCUCCCACGUCGUCAGGCACCAGCGCAUUCACAACGGGGAGAAGCCUUACGUUUGUAAGGAGUGUGGUAAAGCCUUCAGCCAGAGCUUCAACCUCAUUAGACACCAGAGAAUCCACACGGGAGAGAAGCCCUACGAAUGUGCUGAGUGUGGCAGGUCCUUCAGUCAGAGGUCAGACGCCAUUAAGCACCAGAGAAUUCACACUGGUGAGCGGCUGUACGAGUGCAGCGAGUGUGGGAAAACCUUCAUCCAUAGCUCAAACGUCGUCCGGCACCAGAGAAUUCACCACGGAGAGAAUCCUUACGAAUGCAAAGAGUGUGGGAAAGCCUUCAGCCAGAGCUCCAACCUCAUUCAGCACCAGCGGGUCCACACUGGGGAGAAGCCCUACGCCUGCCAGGAGUGCGGGCGUGCCUUCAGCCGCAGCUCCUUCCUCAGUGAGCACCGGCGCAUCCACACCGGGGAGAAGCCCUAUGAGUGCGGUGAGUGCGGCCGCGCCUUCAGGGCCCUGUCGGGCUUCUUCCGGCACCAGAGGAUCCACACUGGGGAGAAGCCUUUCCACUGUGCCAGGUGUGGCAGGGCCUUCCGCCUGAGCUUUCAUCUUAUCCAGCACCAGCGAGUUCACGGCACGGAGUGAGCCUGUUGGGGGGUGAACGUGGAGUGGAAAAUUGAGUAAGUGAGAUUGGAGCGUGGGUACAACGCCCUUCAAUUUUUGCCCACACCCCCAGCAUUGUGUACUUUGCCCCACAGGAAGAGGAUAAAACUGUCCUGGUGGUCUCCAAGCCUGACCGUGGAGGCCUGCAGUUUGUCUACUACCGCCUUGCCAGGAGCACCGGAAAGGAAAGAGGAGCCUUGGGGAAGGAGAUGUGAUGGCAACGUGUGCCUCGGAAGUUAAUUUAUUUCAUUUUCAGAGCACUGGGGUUUUUCCUGAAGUAUAAUUUACAUACAGUGGAACGCAUAGAUCUUAGUGUUUGGUUUUAUGAGUUUCAACAAGUACAAUGUGCUUUGACCUUUACAACCACCACACUUUCAAGAUGUAGACUAUUUCCAUCACCCCAGAAAGUCUCCUUAUGCCCUUUCAAGUCAGCCCCUCAUCCUGAGAGGCAACCAGUCAUCUCGUUUCUGUCACUGUAGUUUUGCUUGUUCUAGAACGUUAUAUAAAUAGUGAUAUAAUUUAUACUCUUUUAUGUCUUUUUCCCUUUG